CAAAUCUGACGUCAUCGCUGCGCGACUGAAAGUAGCAUUAGGUCAGGGGUAACCGGGCAGCUCGAACUGUCGGAAACCGACAAAUCACUAAUGAAUGUCCUGUAACAUUGAUGGUUAAUUACAUUAUUUUAAGAAUUGUACCAUUGUGAAUAUAUAACGUGGGCCGACAGAUACCAACCUUCGAAAACAUGUCUUACUGCAAGCAAGAGGGAAAAGAUCGUAUUAUCUUUGUAACUAAAGAAGACCAUGAGAUGCCAAGCAAUGCUGAGCUCAUUGCUGAUGACCCUAAUGACCCCUAUGAAGACCAUGGUUUGAUCCUGCCCAAUGGGGAUGUAAACUGGAACUGCCCGUGCCUGGGGGGCAUGGCCAGUGGGCCCUGUGGUCAGCAGUUCAAGGAGGCCUUCUCCUGUUUCCACUACAGCAAUGAAGAAGUUAAGGGUUCUGAGUGUAUCGACAAUUUCCGGAACAUGCAGGAGUGCAUGCAGAAAUACCCUGAGCUUUAUCCCCAGGAGGAUGAAAACGAGAGCCCCCCUCAGGGAGGGGUUGAUGUCACUGCACCAACUGAGGACACUGGCCUUCCCUCAGCCCCCUCCACUGACUCUGAAUCAGGCCCAUCUGAAUCAGGCCCAUCUGAAUCAGGCCCAUCUGAAUCAGGCCCAUCUGAAUCAGGCCCAUCUGAAUCAGGCCCAUCUGAAUCCCCCUCUGAAUCAGGCCCAUCUGACAAUAUGCCAUCCACAGACAGCCAAGCUACCAGCUAAAACAAUGCAUCGCCAUCUGCGGCCUCUCUGUCUCUCUGUAAAAGAUUAACUGCCCUACAGAAGGCUCUCUGUGUGAGGUUGGAUACUCCAAACUUGCCCUCUAUGUUCAAAUCUUGUCACAAGGGCAGAGAACCAGAGACACAACCCAGCCUCAAGGAAGAUCUUGUUAAUGUAGGGACAAGUCAUGAAGACAAGGGGGAUGAUCAAAAGAAAAAUACGUAAGACAUUUUUUCUUAAGCUAUUGUAUUCUAAGCUUGGAGAGUCCCAAUAGUGAUGAUUUAAGAUGAGAGCUUCUUUGUUUUGGGUGGAUUUCACUAAGGUCUCUCCAUUACAGGGUUUUGUAGUGUAUUGUCCUGCUACAAAUCAGAUGAGUUGAUUCUGUGCCAUUGAUCAUUAAUGCUACACUGGUGAUGUGUAACCUACUGUAGGUGUAACUGCUCAGACUGUAUUAGUGUCACUUAACUUAAGCUUGCAAUGUCAAUACCCCCCCCCCCCAACAUUAACACUUAGAUUUUUAAUUUUUAAUUAAAGCUUAAUCAUAAUUACCUAUCAGCAUACCAAAGAUUGUGUUGGCAAACUAUCCCUUUUCAUCUCACUUGCAAAAAUAUAUGAUAGCCGGU